GCCCCAAGCUGCUCUCCCCGGCCGCUCCCACCACCGCCGCCGGCCCCGCGCUAGAGGCUCGGCGAUCGCUGCGGGCCAGGCCGCCCCUGCGGCGGCAGGGCGGUGGGGCCGGGCGGUGGGCCGAGGCCCAGCGGCGUGGCCGGGGCGGGGCGGCGGUGGCUGCCGGCGGGGCUGUGCCGGGGCGCCCAGCCAGGGCCCCGCUGUGCGCUGCCGAUACCUCAGCGCUAAGCCCCGGGCCGCCCGUUGCUCCGGCUUAAAAAAGCGUUUCGGGGCUUUCCUGCCCCGUCCUGCGCAUAACCGCCCUGAGAGUAGAGAAGAUUACCAAAACUGGGGGCGAGGCGGAGUAAUCAUUCUCAAAAUCUUAGCCUUGCAUCGAGCCUUGUGCCUUGCAAGUACAUCGUCUGUCGCAUCUUACCUUGCCAGGCUUUCUGUUUUGGAUUUGGUUCUUCGCAAAACAAAUAUUGCAUUGUUUCACAAAGGUUGGACCCUCCAGUAGAAUUUGUCAAGAUCAGUGCACAUAAUCAACAGUUUAUUUUUCUUGAAGACUUCUGCGCAGCUUUUAAAGUUUUCAUCACAAUGAAUUCGGGCUUAUGGAGUCAAGAAAAAGCAAGUUCAUCCUAUUGGGAAGAGCGGAUCUUUUACUUGCUUCUCCAAGAAUGCAGUGUCAUAGACAAGCAGACUCAAAAGCUCCUGAAAGUGCCCAAAGGUAGCAUUGGGCAGUUUUUUCAAGACCGUUCUUCUGUGGGACACUCCAGAAAUAUUCCUUGUAAAGGCAAGAAACUGCAGAUUGGAUUAAAGAUUCUGGAACAACCUCAUGCCAUCCUGUUUGUGGAUGAGAAGGAUGUUAUAGAAAUAAAUGAAAAACUAGCUGAGUUGCUAUUGGCCAUUACUAACUGCGAGGAAAGAUACAGUCUGUUUAAAAGCAAAAGCAGGUUAACUAAAGGCAUCCAAAUAGAUAUUGGCUCACCUGUUAGAGUACAGCUGAGAUCAGGAGAUGAUAAAUUUCCCGGAGUCGUUCGCUUCAGAGGACCCUUAUUGCAAGAAAGAUCCCUAACAGGGAUAUACUUUGGAGUAGAGUUGCUGGAAGAAGGUCGCGGUCAGGGCUUUACUGAUGGACAGUACCAAGGCAAGCAACUUUUCAGAUGUGAUGAGGAUUGUGGGGUUUUUGUUGCUUUGGACAAACUGGAGCUGGUGGAAGAUGAUGACAAUGAACUGGAAAGUGACUAUGCAGCUCCAGUUGACGCAAUGCAGGUAGAACUUCCUCCUCUGGAGAUCAACUCCAGGGUUUCUCUGAAGAUAGGAGAGAGUAUAGAGUAUGGGACAGUUAUAUUCUGUGAUGUCUUACCAGGAAACGAAAGUUUAGGAUACGUUGUUGGAGUGGACAUGGAUAAUCCUAUUGGAAACUGGGAUGGAAGAUAUAAUGGGAUACAGCUGUGCAGUUUUGCAAGUGUUGAAAGUACACUUCUUUUGCAUAUCAAUGAUGUUAUUCCAGAGACUGUGUCACAGGACAGGAGACCUCCCAAGCUUGCCUAUACCUCAAGAGGUGGUGGUGACAAAAGCUUGUUCAAUCAUAGUAAGCCAAAGGCUACAGGAUCUACCUCUGAACCUGGAAACAGAAACAGAUCUGAAGUCUUCUACACAUUAAAUGGCUCAUCGGUUGACUCUCAGCCUCAAGCAAAAACAAAACCCCCAUGGUAUAUUGAUGAAGUUGCUGAAGAUCCUGCAAAAUCUCUUACUGAUUCAUCUCCUGGAUUUGGGCAUUCUUCACCGCCACUGCAGCCACCUUUAACAAACUCUGUGUCUACAGAAAACAGAUUUCACUCCCUCCCUUUUAGCUUGACAAAAACAUCAGCUACUAAUGGUACUAUUGCACAUAGUCCUCUCUCUUUAUCCGUUCAGUCAGUCAUUGGUGAUGUAAAUACUACGGCUAACCAGGAGAGUCCGUCAACAGCCGGCCCAGUUGGGAACUCACAUGGUCUUGAAGCAGGUUCCUUGGCUGAAGUUAAAGAAAAUCCUCCUUUCUAUGGAGUAAUCCGCUGGAUUGGCCAGCCCCCUGGAGUGAAUGAAGUAUUAGCUGGACUGGAACUGGAAGAUGAAUGUGCAGGUUGUACGGAUGGAACAUUUAAAGGAACUCGAUACUUCACUUGUGCUCCGAAGAAAGCUCUUUUUGUUAAACUCAAAAGCUGCAGGCCAGAUUCCAGGUUUGCCUCACUACAGCCUGUUUCCAACCAGAUUGAACGCUGCAACUCUCUAGCCUUUGGAGGUUACUUAAGUGAAGUGGUAGAAGAAAACACUCCUCCAAAAAUGGAAAAAGAAGGUUUAGAGACAAUGAUUGGAAAGAAGAAAGGUAUCCAGGGUCAUUACAACUCCUGUUACUUAGACUCCACCUUAUUCUGCCUGUUUUCUUUUAGCUCUGUUCUGGACACCGUGUUACUCAGACCUAAAGAAAAGAAUGACGUAGAGUAUUAUAGUGAGACUCAAGAGCUGUUGCGGACAGAGAUUGUGAAUCCUCUGAGAAUAUAUGGAUAUGUAUGUGCUACAAAAAUAAUGAAGCUGAGGAAAAUACUUGAAAAAGUUGAGGCUGCAUCAGGAUUCACUUCAGAGGAAAAAGAUCCAGAAGAAUUUUUGAAUAUUUUAUUUCACCAUAUUCUAAGAGUUGAGCCACUGUUGAAAAUAAGAUCAGCAGGUCAGAAAGUACAAGACUGUUACUUCUAUCAAAUUUUUAUGGACAAAAAUGAGAAAGUUGGAGUCCCGACAAUUCAGCAGUUACUCGAGUGGUCAUUCAUCAACAGCAACUUGAAGUUUGCGGAGGCACCCUCUUGCCUGAUUAUCCAGAUGCCUCGGUUUGGAAAAGACUUCAAAAUGUUCAACAAAAUUUUUCCAUCCUUGGAAUUAAAUAUAACAGACUUACUUGAAGAUACUCCCAGGCAGUGCCGUAUAUGUGGAGGACUUGCUAUGUAUGAGUGCAGAGAAUGCUAUGAAGAUACUGAUAUUUCUGCUGGGAAAAUCAAGCAGUUCUGCAAAACAUGCAACACACAAGUUCAUCUUCAUCCCAAGAGACAGAGUCAUAAAUUCAAUCCAUUGUCACUACCUAAAGAUCUGCCAGACUGGGAUUGGCGACAUGGCUGCAUCCCGUACCAGAAGAUGGAGUUGUUUGCUGUUCUCUGCAUAGAAACGAGCCACUAUGUAGCUUUUGUUAAAUAUGGGAGGGAUGACUCCGCCUGGCUUUUCUUUGACAGCAUGGCAGAUCGGGAUGGAGGUCAGAAUGGCUUUAACAUUCCCCAAGUUACCCCAUGUCCAGAAGUUGGUGAAUACCUGAAGAUGUCUCUAGAAGAAUUGCACUCACUGGAUUCCAGAAAGAUUCAAGGUUGUGCACGAAGACUACUUUGUGAUGCUUACAUGUGCAUGUAUCAGAGUCCAACGAUGAGUUUAUACAAAUGAACAAUGUCCUCUGAAAAACUGAAGAAACAGUAUAGAGUUAUCGACUAUUGCAUUUGCUGCAUUCUUUGGUUAGUUUUAAUGCAACCGUUGCUGGCAAUGGAUGCGAUGACAAGGAAGAAGUUGACUCUGAGAGCGAAAGGAUUACUGUUCCAAAAACUACACGUGGAGUUCUGUAAUUGAAGUAUUUAAGCAUUUUGCACUCUGGGAAGUGUGUGCUUGUGUGUGUUUGUUUUAUAAACAAAGUCUAAGUGAAGUUACUAAAACUUAAAGCUUUAAGUGCAUUGAUUGUACACAGGCUUUUUUGAAAUGUUAAGGUGGAAUUCUAUCAGGAGAAACCUCCUUAGUCCGUUGAGAAUGUAAAAAUACAGAGUGUCUCAGUGCAUUUCUGUGGACGAAGGAUGAUGAUUCUCUUGUGUUUCUGUAUCCUCCCCAUCCAGCACUUCUCCCCACCCUUGAUCUUUUUGGCAUCAUAGAUUCUGUCUCUUGAAGAGAGAAUAACUUCAGUUUCAGUCAGAUAAAUUUCAGACUGCUCAUUGCAUAUUAAUUCUGUUCUGUUAGCUGUCUGCUACAUUCUUUUCAGUUCACACAUUUGCAUCUUCAAAAAUUAACAUUAAAGAUCUGAAUUCCUAUCUUGUGAAAAUCAAGCACACAGAUUUGCUAUCUGUUAACUUGCAAUUUUUGGAGAGGAAAAAGAGGAGGAGAAGAGGGUAUUAAGGGGAAGCGUAAUUGCUGAAAUAUAAAAUUAGCAGUGAAAGUUAACAGAUGUCUCUUUCUAAGUGUCUAUUUUUAAAGAAACAAAGCAGUCUGGAACAGAACAGCAACUAUAUACAAAUGAUUGGAGGACAAAACAAUAAAAUAGUGGAUUGCCUCAGGGAAUGUUACUGAA